AUGCAAGCAACUCAAAACUUAGGCUUUCAAAUAUCAGAAAAGCAAAUUAAGUUCACUCGUCUUAACGAUCAGAUGUUGGAGAUAUUAUCUACAAGUAACAGCCUAGACUCUAAAAUAAUUAGGAAAAUUGAUAAAUGUACUCGCCUUGAUGGUGAUAUAAACGAUAAGCUCGAAGUAUUGAAAAGGCUGAACCAUUCAAUUAAUACGAAGCUUCAGCAAACAACAUCAGCAGAUGUGACGAAAUUAUUCAAUAUAAAAACAAAACUGGGUGACUUAUUUCCUUUUACUCCCAGUUUUAGCUCUCAUGACGAGAGGAAUGUAGAUUAUUACAUUCGUUCUCUGGAAUCUUCACCGUACUACAGAAUUUCUAAUUUUGAUGGAAUGAAAAAUUUAUGUGAACGGGGCAUUAAAAUUAUCCGUUUCGUCAACGAAGACAAUGCAAAAGGUUUAAAGUACCAAAAAUUUGUCGAUUUUAUAGCACAAGAGGUGACGGACAACAGAACCACGAUGAUCGAUGAAGAUUCUAUUAUUUCAUUGACUACAUUUCUAUCAAUGUACAUGCUUGUGUAUUCAGAGAUUCUGCCUGACAAAUUAAGGUAUCAUAACAGAAUAAUCGAACUGAUUCCGAGGAUUCCAUCGAUUCCCAUUCCGGAACUUACAAGCGGCAACUCAAAGAAAGAAUACAGUGCCAUUCUUAAUUUAUCGACACCGCGAUUAUUGUCUAGUUACAUGAACAAUUUUAAUGAUUACAUCUAUGAUAUAAAUAGCAUUGCACUAUCUAAAUUCAAUUCCAAGAUAAAUUCCGUUGAUGGUGUCGCAUUCAGCGACCAUAUUCGACAAGAUUCGUCAGCCUUUGCUGUACACUCUGAACGACACGUUCCCUAUGUCAAUUACAGUAUUUACCUUAAAAAAGUCGUCGAAGAAAUGAAAUUUCCCGACUUAUACGCGUCAGUAUACUCAGUGCUUGACAUACCCGGUAAUUUCUAUGACUCCGUGAAAAGGAUAGUAACAACGAUAAUGCAUCCGACAAUCAAAGUAUUACAGCAUGGUUUAAACAGUUCUAAGGGCGACAUUACGUCCGAGUUUAACUGGUUGGAUGUAAAAGGCAAAAUCGGUUGCUAUUUGAUACCUUCCAUUGGAUUCGGAAUAUUCAAAACCAAUCAGUUCAUGUUUUCCUUGCGGAUUCCAAUGCAUAAUAUACCAUUGAGUGUACUGUCUGUUUGUAACUCUGCAGAACUACGCCAAUGUAAUAAAUUUGUAACUAGUAUAUUAAAUUUACGAAAGAUUUACAAGACUGGUGAGACGUAUUCUGAUUAUAAAACAUGGAAUGAUAUCUGCAAAGAAACUGGGUUACUCAUUUAUGGAGGCUUCCCCAUGAAUACGUUCGAUGAAUAUGUGUACAGUAACAUUGGACACAAAACUUUUCGCACAAACUACGUUGGACAAUUAGAAAAAAACGAUCAAGUCUUGUUUUGGAAAAGAUCUAAUGAGGCUAUCUGCCGCAGCGAAAAAGAAGGAACUACCUAUACGGUCACCGAAGUUGGAAUGUUUACAACUGAAGGGUUGGAAGCUAUAUACGAAUUCUCGACCAACAGAUCGGCUGGCACUUUGAAAUUCAAUUAUAAAAACGACGCGCAAAGUAAAUGCCUUGUUAAUAACCUUAAAAAUUGUAACCAAAGAAAUGACGUGAUCGAAAUUCGUUUGAAUAAAGAUCAUAUAGCUAGUUUCAAAUGGUUUAUGCCUACCAACCAUACCCAAAAAUCGCAUGACUUACAAUUUUCAAAUGGAACGCAGACAUUUACGUACAAUUACCAUAAUUACAAAAUUGAAAACAUGGAUUUCGACGAAACAAGUUUCACCGUAAAAUGCAACAAUAAGGUUAUACUGAUCGGAAAUAAUUCUCCGCGACUUAAAGAAAUCAUUCGCUAUGACGGUACUGAUUAUCACCGGGAUCCUGAAACAAUGAUGUAUCAGAAAAAUUGA